AUGCAUCCACAGAGCUUGGCUGAGGAGGAAAUAAAAACAGAACAGGAGGUGGUGGAGGGCAUGGAUAUCUCUACUCGCUCCAAAGAUCCUGGCUCCACAGAGAGAACAGCCCAGAAAAGAAAGUUCCCCAGCCCUCCGCAUUCCUCCAAUGGCCACUCGCCACAGGACACAUCAACAAGCCCCAUUAAAAAGAAAAAGAAACCCGGCUUACUGAACAAUAACAAUAAAGAACAGGAUGGACGAAAUGAUUUCUACUGCUGGGUUUGUCACCGGGAAGGCCAAGUCCUUUGCUGUGAGCUCUGUCCCCGGGUUUAUCACGCUAAGUGUCUGAGACACAUCGGAACACCAGAGGGGGACUGGUUUUGUCCUGAAUGUGAGAAGAUUACAGUAGCAGAAUGCAUCGAGACUCAGAGUAAAGCCAUGACAAUGCUCACCAUUGAACAGUUAUCCUACCUGCUCAAGUUCGCCAUUCAGAAAAUGAAACAGCCAGGGACAGAUGCAUUCCAGAAGCCCGUUCCGUUGGAACAGCAUCCCGACUAUGCGGAAUACAUCUUCCAUCCCAUGGACCUUUGUACAUUGGAAAAGAACGCUAAAAAGAAAAUGUAUGGCUGCACAGAAGCCUUCCUGGCUGAUGCAAAAUGGAUUUUGCACAACUGCAUCAUUUAUAAUGGGGGAAAUCACAAAUUGACGCAAAUAGCGAAAGUAGUCAUCAAAAUCUGCGAGCAUGAGAUGAAUGAAAUCGAAGUUUGUCCAGAGUGUUAUCUAGCUGCUUGCCAAAAACGAGAUAACUGGUUUUGUGAGCCUUGUAGCAAUCCACAUCCUUUGGUUUGGGCAAAACUGAAGGGGUUUCCAUUCUGGCCUGCGAAAGCUCUGAGGGAUAAAGAUGGGCAGGUUGAUGCCCGUUUCUUUGGACAACACGACAGGGCCUGGGUUCCAAUAAAUAAUUGCUACCUCAUGUCUAAAGAGAUUCCUUUUUCUGUGAAAAAGACCAAAAGCAUCUUCAACAGUGCAAUGCAAGAGAUGGAGGUUUACGUGGAGAACAUCCGCCGGAAGUUUGGGGUCUUUAAUUACUCUCCAUUCAGGACGCCCUACACGCCCAACAGCCAGUACCAAAUGCUGCUCGACCCCUCCAACCCCAGCGCUGGUGCUGCCAAGAUAGACAAGCAGGAGAAGGUCAAGCUCAACUUUGACAUGACGGCGUCGCCCAAGAUCCUGAUGAGCAAGCCGAUGCUGAGUGGGGGCACAGGCCGCAGGAUCUCCUUGUCGGACAUGCCACGCUCCCCUAUGAGCACCAACUCCUCUGUGCACACGGGCUCCGACGUGGAGCAGGACGCCGAGAAGAAGGCCCCGUCCAGCCACUUCAGCGCGAGUGAGGAGUCCAUAGACUUCCUGGACAAGAGCACAGCUUCACCAGCCUCCACCAAGACGGGACAAGCGGGGAGUUUAUCCGGCAGCCCGAAACCUUUCUCUCCUCAAGUAUCAACACCAAUCACGACGAAAACGGACAAGACGUCCACCACGGGAAGCAUCCUGAAUCUUAACCUGGAUCGAAGCAAGGCCGAGAUGGAUCUGAAGGAGCUGAGUGAGUCGGUCCAGCAGCAGUCGGCCCCUGUGCCUCUCAUCUCUCCCAAGCGGCAGAUUCGCAGCAGAUUCCAGCUAAAUCUUGAUAAGACGAUAGAGAGUUGCAAAGCACAAUUAGGCAUAAAUGAAAUCUCAGAAGAUGUUUAUACGGCUGUAGAACACAGCGAUUCGGAGGAUUCCGAGAAGUCAGAUAGUAGCGGUAGUGACUCUCUCAGUGAUGAGGAGCAGAGGUCCAAGAAUGAGCCGGAAGAUGCCGAAGACAAAGAGGAUGCUCGGAUGGACAAAGAGCCAUCUGCUGUCAAAAAAAAGCCCAAACUGGCAAACCCCAUGGAGACAAAAGAGGAGCUGAAAAUCAGCACGUCACCAGCCAGCGAGAAAGCAGACCCAGGCUUGGCCAAGGAGAAGACUAGCCCUCAGCCCGACAAGGACUUUUCAGACAAAGCAAAACCCUUGCCUCAUCCCACAAAGGAUAAGCUGAAGGGGAAAGAUGAGACGGAUUCCCCAACAGUGCAUUUGGGCCUGGACUCCGAUUCAGAGAGCGAACUUGUCAUAGAUUUAGGAGAAGACCAUCCUGGGCGGGAGGGUCGAAAAAAUAAGAAGGAACCCAAAGAACCGUCUCCCAAGCAGGAGGUCGUAGGUAAAGCUCCACCAUCCACGACAGCGGGCAGCCAGUCUCCCCCCGAAACACCGGUCCUCACCCGCUCUUCUGCCCAAACUCCCACGGCUGGUGUCACGGCCACCACCAGCACCACAUCCACGGUCACGGCCCCGGCCGCCGCUGCCACAGGAAGCCCAGUGAAAAAGCAGAGGCCGCUUUUACCGAAGGAGACUGCCCCGGCCGUGCAGCGGGUCGUGUGGAACUCCUCAACUGUCCAGCAGAAGGAGAUCACGCAGAGCCCGUCCACCUCCACCAUCACCCUGGUGACUAGCACCCAGUCGUCGCCCCUGGUCACCAGCUCGGGGUCCACAAGCACCCUCGCCUCUUCAGUAAACGCAGACCUGCCCAUCGCCACCGCCUCAGCAGAUGUCGCCGCGGACAUCGCCAAGUACACUAGCAAAAUGAUGGAUGCAAUAAAAGGCACAAUGACGGAAAUAUAUAACGACCUUUCUAAAAACACUACUGGAAGCACAAUAGCUGAGAUUCGCAGGCUGAGGAUUGAGAUAGAGAAGCUCCAGUGGCUGCACCAGCAGGAGCUCUCGGAAAUGAAACACAACUUGGAGCUGACCAUGGCUGAGAUGCGGCAGAGCCUAGAGCAGGAGCGGGACCGGCUCAUCGCCGAGGUGAAGAAGCAGCUGGAGCUGGAGAAGCAGCAGGCGGUGGACGAGACCAAGAAGAAGCAGUGGUGUGCCAACUGCAAGAAGGAGGCCAUCUUCUACUGCUGCUGGAACACCAGCUAUUGCGACUACCCCUGCCAGCAGGCCCACUGGCCUGAGCACAUGAAGUCCUGCACCCAGUCAGCCGAGAAAAGCAAGGACAGUGGCUCGACCCUCGACCUUUCUGGCUCCAGGGAGACGCCCUCCUCCAUUCUCUUAGGCUCCAACCAAGGCUCUGUUAGCAACAGGUGUGACAAGCAACCUGCCUCUGUCCCAACCAGCACAGACCACCAGCCGCACCCCAGCUACCCAGCCCAGAAGUACCAUUCCCGGAGCAGUAAGUCCAGUUGCUGGAGCGGCAGCGAUGAGAAACGGGGAUCGGCACGCUCUGAGCACAACGCCAGCACCAGUUCGAAGAGCCUCAUCCCGAAAGAGUCUCGGCUGGACACCUUCUGGGACUAG